AUGACGGCUACCACGAACGGUAACGCGAGCCUCAAUGGCGACGGCCCCUCCCUAUCGCAUCGCAUCAAGAUGGAGCGCAAGCAGUCCAGUCCAAUGGCACCAGCCUUCAUGGUCUCCGCACCCGGCAAGGUCAUAGUCUGGGGAGAGCACUCCGUGGCUGCGAUUGCUGCAGCGAUCUCCCUACGCUCCUAUCUCCACGUUACGACCCUCUCAAAGUCCAAGCGAACAAUCUCUCUGCGAUUCCCCGAUAUCGACCUUGUACACACCUGGAGCAUCGACGAGUUGCCGUGGGAUGCUUUCCACCACCCCGACAAGAAACAGGCGUACUACUCGCUGGUGACGGAAUUAGACCCCGACCUCGUGGAUGCGCUUCAACCACACAUAGAUGUUGUCUCGCCGGACCGAUCAGAAGAAAUCCGCAAAAUCCACCGUAGCUCCGCGUCCGCAUUCUUAUACCUCUUCUUAUCGCUCGGUUCGCGAUCGUUCCCGGGAUGCCUGUACACCUUGCGCUCGACAAUCCCCAUCGGCGCGGGUCUGGGGAGCAGUGCUUCGAUAUCAGUCUGCAUUUCUGCGGCCCUCCUACUCCAGCUGCGAACCCUCGCCGGUCCCCAUCCAGAACAGCCUCAUGACGAGGCCAGGUUACAGGUCGAGCGCAUCAAUAGGUGGGCAUUUGUGUCCGAAAUGUGCAUCCACGGCAACCCCUCCGGCCUCGACAACACGGUCUCGACACAGGGCAAGGCGGUCCUCUUCCAGCGCACGCUGGCGGCUGCCCCCGCCGUUCAGCCCCUGUGGGACUUUCCAGAACUGCCUCUCCUGCUGGUGGACACGAAGCAGGCAAAGUCGACAAACCACGAGGUCCAGAAGGUCGCCAGCCUCAAGGCGCGCCACCCCAAGCUUGUGGGUAGCAUCUUUGACGCCAUGGACCGCAUUACACGCGAAGCUGCCGAGCUUUUGGAGGAUGACGAGUUUGACGAGGAGGACGACACCUGCUUGCAAAAGGUGGGCGAGCUGUUCUCGAUCAACCACGGCCUGCUGAGCGCUCUUGGCGUGUCGCAUCCACGGCUGGAGCGCAUCAGAGAAUUGGUCGACCAUGAGGGCAUCGGGUGGACGAAACUCACGGGCGCGGGUGGCGGCGGCUGCUCCAUCACUCUGCUCAAACCAGACAUCGCCCCCGAGAAGAUGGCAAAGCUCGAGGCGCAGCUAGACGAAGAGGGCUACGAACAAUUUGAGACGACGCUGGGUGGCGACGGUGUAGGUGUCCUGUGGCCUGCUGUCCUGAAAAACGGCAUGGACGAGGAUGACGAGGGCGGCAUGGAGAUUGAUCUGGACAAGUUCCUCAAUGCUGAGGGAACGGAGGGCGUUGAGCGUUUGGUGGGCGUCCAUGGCUCGAGUGGUGAGCGGGAAGGUUGGAAGUUCUGGAGAGUCGAGAGUCGAUGA